AAGAGACUUCUUCUCUGGUUUUCACCGUGGUGUUGUAAAGAAAAAUUCACAAGGAUAUAAAGAUAUAGUGCGUGAGCGAGCUGAAAAGGCGAUAUAGGAAUAGGAAGAGAAUGCUGUAUAGAGAUCUAUUCGUGCAUAUUCGCUGCAUAUUCGUAUAGUAAAUAUAUUCGUUGCAAAUAUUUUCUAUAUUUGGGAUAGACCUAAUUACCGAAGGAAAGAAAGAAAUCAAUCGUAUCUCCGACUGCGAUAAUUAUAUAACCUACAUAUACAAUUGGAAGAUUGAAGCAAAGUAUGUUCUCUGUAAAGUCUAAUGUGAAAUCGACGUUGCUUUGUGGACCAGCAGAGUCGAGUCGAUCUUUUAUGUUUGAGGUAGCAAUUUACUGGGCCGAAGAAGGACGCCGCGUCGUUUACAUUACAACAACUCCGUUGGAGAGACUGCCGGCAGCCUGUCACGAUAGAAGUAAUCCAGCACCCGCGGCUUUCAAGCUGAUGAGAUUUAUGUACUUGGAGAACUAUGAGGCUCUCGCAAAGCUGCUCGUCCAGCUACACACCUUCGCCACUUUGCCUUCUGUGCUCUUGAUCGACGACUUCGACGCCUAUACCAGUAGCUAUAAAGAAAGCGAGGUGUUGCAAGAUGUACACACUGCCAGAACGUGUUCUUUGAUUCUCAACACGAUGAAUUCUUGCGCGCAAAUCCUGAAAACCAACGUACAUGUGUGCGCCUGGUCCUCCUCCGCGUUGCAAAACAUUAGCCUGUACACGAUAUACUUCACCAACAUUUGGAGUAUAACAGACGAAAAGGAGACUAAUACAAUAUCGCUGCAAAAAUACAUCCAGGAAGCUUCCACUGAAAAGUGUCCAACCUAUAAAUAUUGUAAACUCGAAGAUGGAACGAGAGUGUUGAAAGAAGUUCUGUACGAAGCUACGAUGGAAGAAUUUUAGAAAUUAAUUUUGGGAUUACUGUCAAUUAAUUUUAAGAAUAUUAAGAAUACCGAGCAGAAUACGUAUUUAAACAGAGUAUUUAAUAAUAUAGUAGGAUUUUGAUUGGUCUGAU